GUAUUAUGGAAAAGUAAAAUAAAUGAAAAGAGGUGCAGUGCAAGCGUGGAAGUGCUAUAUAUCUUUCGCCCUAAACUCUGCCAAUGUCGUCCUCUUCAUUCAUAAAUUCCCCAUCCAUGGCUUUUAAUCUCAUCUCCCUGUCUUUCUUUUCCUUUUUCUUCUUCGCCAUUUUCGCCUUCUCCGCCGCUGACGACAUCACACCGGCCGAAACACUCCCCCUUCCCCACCACCACCACGCUCCCACGCCGGCACCAUUACCUCCACCCACCCAUUUGCCCCUUCACCCUCCGGCUCACCCGCCAACACACCACCGCCAUCACGCCCACGGCCAGCCUCCGGUUCACCCACCGGCAAAUGCGCCCUCUCACCAUCUCCCUCCAACUCACUCGCCGGCUCACUCGCCAGCUCCCGCCCACCACCACCACCACCACCAUAAUGUCAGCCCAGUGCCUCCUCCGACUCACUCGCCGGCUCCGAUCUACCCUCCGAAACCUCGGUUGGUGAGGAGCUUCAUUUCGGUUCAAGGUGUUGUGUAUUGCAAGUCCUGUAAAUAUGCGGGUGCUGACACACUGCUCGGAGCUACCCCCGUCGCCGGUGCAAGCGUGAAGCUUAUUUGUCAGAACACUAAAUACCCAUUGGUCCAAACAGCAACCACUGACAAGAACGGCUAUUUCUUCAUCACUGCCCCAAAGGCCAUCACCAGCUACGCCUUCCAUAAGUGCAAGGUCGUUCUCGGCAAAUCCCCUUCCCCCACUUGCAGCAAGCCCUCCGCUCUCCACGGCGGCGCUGCCGGAGCCCCUCUCCGCCCUCAGAAGUCUUACAUCGACGCUAAUAAACUCCCCUUCGUUCUCUACUCUGUUGGCCCUUUUGCCUUCGAACCCACUUGCCCUCAUCAUUAGUCGUCGUUUAUGUUUUUUGUUUUUAAUUGUUAUUAUGCCUUUUAAACGAUGUCGUUUCCUUCGGUUGUUGGGGUUCUGAAUUCUGCUGCUGCCUUUCUGUACGGCAUGGUUUGGUUGUUACUUCGUUGUUAGUUUGAGUUGGGAUUUUUAUGGUACAAAUAAUAUGUUAAUUUAAAUGUUUCUUUUUCUUA